GUUUACAUUAAUGUAAACUAGCCGAAAGGAGUAUAAAACAGGUCGAUUUUAGCUUAACUUCUUCCGUAACUUUAUGCUGUUUACAAGGUUUAUUGCAGUAGGUAGGUCAGCUCAGUUUAUGUGGAUUAUUAAGGUUAAAAUACCCUCUGCUUCACACGGUCAAACCAAACUCCAUUCUAAAAGCAGCUGUUUUAUCGAAGGGCAUAUUUCGUAACAGUGAAAACUUUAUUUACACCAUCAUUAAGAUUUUCUGAUUCCCUUCAAACUACAGUUAGAAUCGGCACACGUCACUUCCUCAGUAACACCGUUAACUAACCUGUGUUUGCCACACACUGACACAUAAUGACUGCCCCUCACUCAGUUUACCAUGUUUAUCCUCUUUGUGGAUUGCCUGAAACCACAGAUAUUUUAACGUUCUUCGUUGAUUAGGAGAGCAAAGAAAAACUGCGCUUUUAUUAUUUUUCAUGUGCAAAAUGUGCAAGACAGUGACGUUUGGGGGGUUUCUUCAAUGUGUUUAUACUUCCUUGUACUGACUCACAUUAGUCGUCAUGUAACGGGGGCGCAGAUGGAGUUUCCGUAUAUGAGCAACAGUGAACUUCAAUCAAGUUGUAGUGGACCAGUGUCGUGCUGUGAGAUGGACUCCUUCACCUUUCUCUACGAUGUUCCUCCGGUUCUCGUCGAAACAUUGUGUAAAAUCAUGGAUACCGGAGAUGGCAGGUUCGGAUGGCGUCAACUAGCUGUUCGGAUUGUCCCCAGCUUGUUAGAACUUCGCAUGUUGGAACGCAUAGAUGCAGCAGGUCAGAGUCCUACUAGGGAGCUGCUGUGGUCCUGGGCCCAGCAGAAUUCAAGAGUGCAGGACCUGCUCAAAAUCCUGCAGGACAUGGGCCACCACAGGGCCCUGCAGCUUUUCCAGAGUCAAGCUCAAGAGUCACCUUUGCUACCCAGCAAUCAACAUGCAGAGUCCUCAGAGCAGAUGUCAGCAAAUAAAGAAUCUGUCCAACUAGAGACAAGAUCUUCAAGUGAAGCAAUAUAUCCCAUGAACUCUGCUGGAAAAAAUCAGCCACCCAUACUCACUUUCCAAGACAUCAUAGAAGGAACCAGAGAUUUUCAUCAUGAAAUGAGAAUCACUGAGGGUCACUUCUCUGAUUUCUACAGGGCACAGUUGGGCGAUAGAACAUUUGCAGUUAAGCUUUUUAAACAGAUAAAUAAUGUGUCCUGGAAGAAGGCAUGGGAUAGCUUCAGAAGAGAAAUGGAAAUUCAUCAUUGGUACCGACAUCCAAAUAUCUUAGAAUCGUUGUGCUGUUUCUCUGAGGAGGGCCGGUACUGUCUGGUCUAUCCUUACCUCUGCAAUGGAUUGCUCUUCGACAGACUACACCAUAAGGAUCGAAGGCCCCCUCUGUCCUGGCAAGAACGUCUCACAAUUAUCAAGGGAAUAACAAAGGCCUUGCAUUACCUCCAUACAGCCCAGCCCUGCCCUGUGAUCUGUGGCAACAUCUCCAGUGCUAACAUAUUCUUGGAUGAAGCCCUGCUGCCCAAGCUGUCUAACUUUGGGAUGGCUCAUCUCCGUCCUCAUUCAGCCAAUCAGUUCUGUACAAUCAGUCUGGAUACAAAAUCUCAUGGCAACCUGGGAUACCUCCCUGAGGAGUACAUCCGAGAUGGCAAGCUGUCCUUCAGCAUGGAUGUUUACAGCUUUGGAAUGGUUGUAAUGGAAACAGUCACAGGACGGAAAGUCCAAGAGGACAUACCUAAGGGAACACCACUGAGAGAUUUGCUAAUGACUGAGAUGGAGGACAGUGGUGGCAUGGACUCUUGUCUGCAGUUUUUGGAUGCAGCAGCUGGUCGGUGGCCAACUGCAAUGGCUCUCAGCCUUCUGGGUCUGGCCUUGGACUGCACUGCUAGCCGCCCCCGCAGCAGGCCAAGCAUGGAGAAUGUACUUCUGGCACUGAGCAAGCUGCUUCCUCCACCUAGCUGUCCUCCUGCUGACCAACCCCACAGCCUAGGUGAUGGAGCCCCUAUUAGUGCCCAGCAGAGCCUCUCAUCCUCCAUACCUGUGGAGCAUGAUGAACAGUGCAGCCUCCCUUGUUCUCCAACACAGAGCACAGGGCCCUGUGAAUGCAGCCAGUCAGAGGUGACAUAUAUUAGUGACAGUAUGGGUGCUCAUGGUGAGGUAGCAGCAGAUCUGUACAGCAGCUGGCCUGUACAGUGCAGCUGUUCGGCAGAGACCAGUGGUGUGGCCUGUGAGGACUGCAGGGCCAACGGCUUUAAACAACCGGACAGUUCUCAGACUGACUUCUGUGUGGUGGAAAAUGCAGCCAAGGUUGAACUAAGGAACAAAUUCUUUCUGACAUAGUGCUGAUUCACACAGGAGAACUGUUCCCUGAGACAGGACUGCAGUUAGAGAGCUGACUUUCUGUUACAGUCUGACAGCAGGUCAUUUUUGUAAACAUCAGAGCAACCACAGAAAUGAAAGCAGAUGGAGUGCCAGACUAAAACAACUUGGUUCACCACCAGUGACGGAUACAGCAACCAUUGUAAAUAAAAGUUAUAUAUUUUUAAUUGCCAGCAGUUAAACAGUAGACUACAGAAAAAUGUGUCUUCCUGUGCUGGUUCUGCAGAGAAAGGUUGUAAUAAGUGGAUCACUGCCCUAUAUGUACCUCAUGCUCUAUCAGAAUUAUAUAAUGAUAUAACAUUCUGUGUCAUUUCAGUACAUUCUGCUGUUAAUACUUUUGUACUUACAAUUAAGUUUAUGAAUGACUUUUACUAGUAAUGGAAUAUUUUUCACUGUGGUUACUACUUUCACUGAAAUAAAGGAUCUUCCAACACUGUUCGU